UCUGUCUGCUCCCAGCCGGCUGCCUCAGCUGCCCUGUACGCUCAGCUGGUGCACGGCCAGAAGGGGGUGGAGGCCCUGGGGAAGUUGCUGGCCCACAUAGAGCAGAACUUGUCCAGGAGAGGCACUGCCUACCUCACUGGGGUCACCAAGUCAGUGGCUGAUGUGGUUGUGUGGGGUACCUUGUUCCCUGUCGUCCAGGAUGAGACCACCCUGCCAAGUGAGCUGCAGGCACUGAGAACCUGGUUCCAGAACAUGACACUCUCAAAGGCCUGCAGGAAAGCUGCUGACUCCGUUCUGGUGCCCAAAGCCCUGCUGGAGUUCAAGUCCUACCUGCAGAAGCAGCCUCCACCCUGCCUGGCCAGGGAGAGAGUCACCAGUAAUGAGCCUGAGGAAGAAGAAGGUUUUGAGUGUGCCCUGACGGAGGAGGAUAUCACAGCCGCUGCGGAUGCCUGGGCCCGCGGUGCUGCAGCACUGCCCAAGCCCUGGCAGCCUCAAAAACCUGUGCUGCCCAUGGCGGGCAUGAGGAAUGUCCUGAUCACCAGUGCUCUGCCCUAUGUGAACAACGUGCCCCACCUCGGCAACAUCAUUGGCUGUGUCCUGAGUGCCGACACCUUUGCCAGGUACUGCCGCCUGCGGAACUGGAACACGCUGUACAUCUGUGGCACGGAUGAGUAUGGCACAGCCACUGAGACAAAGGCUAUGGAAGAGGGGCUGACGCCCCAGGAGAUCUGCAACAAGUACAACGCCAUCCAUGCUGACAUCUACCGCUGGUUCAACAUCUCCUUCGACUACUUUGGCCGCACCACCACGCCAUACCAGACCACAAUUGCCCAGGACAUCUUCCAGCGCCUGCUGGCCCGUGGCUUCCUGCUGCAAGACACUGUGGAGCAGCUGCAAUGUGAGGACUGCCAGCGGUUCCUGGCCGACCGCUUUGUGGAGGGCACCUGCCCCUUCUGCAGCUAUGAGGAGGCCCGGGGGGACCAAUGUGAUAAAUGUGGCAAACUCAUCAAUGCUGUGGAGCUGAAGAAUCCGCAGUGCAAGCUCUGCAGGGGCGUCCCUGUGAUAAAAUCCACCCAGCACCUCUUCCUGGAUCUACCUAAGCUGGAGGAGAAGCUGGAGCCCUGGCUGGAGCAGUCCUGGGCCACGGGGGACUGGACAGCCAAUGCUCGCUACAUCACUCGCUCCUGGAUCCGGGAUGGGCUUAAGCCCCGCUGCAUCACCCGCGACCUGAAGUGGGGCACGCCUGUGCCCCUUGAUGGCUUCCACGAAAAGGUUUUUUAUGUGUGGUUUGAUGCUCCCAUUGGCUACUUGUCCAUUACAGCCAACUACACUGACCAGUGGGAGAGGUGGUGGAAGAACCCACAGCAGGUUGAGCUCUACAACUUCAUGGCCAAGGACAAUGUCCCAUUCCACAGUGUCAUAUUCCCCUGCUCGCUUCUGGGUGCUGAUGACAACUACACCCUGGUGAACCACCUCAUUGCUACAGAGUACCUGAACUAUGAGGAUGGGAAGUUUUCCAAGAGCCGGGGUGUGGGAGUGUUUGGGGACAUGGCCAAGGACACAGGCAUCCCUGCGGAUAUCUGGCGCUUCUACCUGCUGUACCUGCGGCCUGAAGGUCAGGACAGUGCCUUCUCCUGGAGUGACCUCAUGCUCAAGAACAACUCGGAGCUGCUGAACAACCUGGGCAACUUCAUCAACAGAGCUGGCAUGUUCGUGUGCAAGUUCUUCGGUGGCACUGUCCCCAACAUGGUCCUGACACCAGAUGACAGGCGGCUCUUGGCCCGUGUCACCCUGGAACUGCGCCAGUACCACCAGCUGCUGGAGAAAGUCCGCAUCCGUGAUGCCCUCAGAUGUAUCCUUAGCAUCUCCCGCCAUGGCAAUCAGUACAUCCAGGUGAACGAGCCCUGGAAGCGGAUCAAGGGGGAUGAAAAGGACAGGCAGCAUGCGGGCACAGUGACUGGUGUGGCUGUGAACAUGGCUUCUAUAUUGGCUGUCCUGAUACAGCCCUACAUUUUCAGGCGCCGGCUGGCCACCCCGCCGGACUGCUUCGUCCUGAGCCACGAAUUCACUUGCACCCUGCCCCCAGGGCAUCGUGUGGGCACCGUGAGCCCCCUUUUCCAGAAGCUGGAGAAUGACCAGAUUGAAGCUCUGCGCAAGCGCUUUGGGGGAGGGCAGGCCAAGCAGACCUCUCCAGUCCCAGUGGCCCUCAUGGCUCCAGGUGACCCCCAACGGAUGCAGGAGCUGACAGAGGAGGUGGCCAAACAGGGUAACCAUGUGCAGCAGCUGAAGGCCAGCAAGGCAGAAAAGGCCCAGGUUGACAUGGAGGUGACCAAGCUGCUGGAGCUGAAGAAGCAGCUGGCAUUAGCUGAGGGUGGAAGCCCUGAAGUCCCUGUGCUUAAGGGGAAGCGCAAGUAG